AUGGAACAACCAUCGGGAUUUGCUGAUCCUCAUUUCCCAAAUCAUGUGUGUCACCUCAAAAAGACCCUCUAUGGGUUAAACCGUGAAGGCAUUUCACUCCUUGUGAUUAAACAACAAUCCCACGUCCUAUACUUAUUAGUGUAUGUUGAUGAUAUAACUCUUACUGGCAAUGAUCUUACUCUCAUUCGUAAGUUUAUCAAUAAACUUCAUGUUGAAUUUGCUAUCAAGGAUCUUGGGCAGCUCAAUUACUUCUUAGGACUUGAAGUUUCCUAUAUGGAACAUGGAGAUGGUAUAUUCCUUUCUCAAGCUAAAUACGCCUAUGACAUACCUACUCACGCUCAAAUGCUUAAUGUCAAACCUGUCUCUACUCCCUUGUCCACCACUGAUUAUCUUAUGUCUCAAGGAUCUCCUUAUUCUGACCCUACAUUGUAUAGGUCUCUUGUUGGUGCCUUACAAUACUUAACCAUCACUCGUCCUGAUCUUUCUUAUGUUGUGAAUCAGGUAAGUCAAUUUAUUCAUGCUCUUACCAUUGACCUCUAUCAAGUUGUCAAGCGGAUCUUAAAUUACGUCAAAGGCACUCUCGUUUAUGGCAUUCAUUUCAAUUCUCCGCCUGAAUCUUCUUUAAUUGGAUAUUCCGAUGCUGACUGGGCCAGAUGUAUUAAGGCACGUCACUCCACUUAUGGAUACUCUAUCUUUCUUCGUGGCAAUUUAGUCUCCUAG